AUGUAUGUAGUUUCAUUGUGGGCCCUUCCACUAACUGUUCUAGUCAGUGUGUGCUUGUCCGUGUCAAAUCGAUGUCUUCCUGGAGACUCAUGCUUUCCGGCCAACAUCAAACUCAUCAAGUUCAUGGAAACGUUGGAUGGAAAACUACAUUUUCCACAUACUGCUGAAUAUGAUCGCCUGGUGGACAGAUACAACCGCGUGAUUGUUGGCGGUAGCGGCCAUACAGUCAGUGUAGCCGGGUACACCCUUGGAGGCGGCCACAGUCCAAUGUCACGGAUGUUCGGUCUUGCAGUAGACAACUUACUUGAAUUGCAAAUGGUGACGGCAAAUGGACACAUAGUUGUGGCAAAUGAUCACAUGACACAAACUAGUUUCGUAAAUGGAAGUGUUUCAACAACCGACAACACUGAUAUUUUCUGGGCUUCCCGGGGAGGGGGAGGUGGGACCUACGGUAUUGUCACAAAAUUUACAUUUAGGUUGCAUUUCGCAGCUCCCCAAGUUGUCCAAUUCCUUUGCAGCUAUCCUAUUCGAAGACUCGAUGGUCAGAAUAUUGGUUUUGCAGUUUUAAGGAAAAUAUUUUCAAUCCUGACAACCCUCCCUAAGGAAUGGGGAGGGUAUCUUCUUAUUAGUGGUGUUCCAGACAAGUCUGGAAAUUUCGGGCGUAUCAUGCUUGCCUUAAAUCAUCAUGGGGUUCUCAAUUCAACAUCUCGUGCUUCUCUGGAUCAAAUGAUGAAUUUUCAUCGGGAAUGGCAAUCAUUCUGUUUUUACAAGAAUUUUUCUUCCUUCUUUCAAUACGACAAAACAGCACAAGAGACGCCGUACUUUUCGUCUUACUCCACGAACACUCUACUUCAGAACGACAGCUUCACAAACGAUCUAAUCACUUUCAUUCUACACAAAAUGGAAACUGAGUAUUCCAACAAGAGUCAUUUGGGGAUGACUGGCACCUUGCUGGGUGGCAGAAUAAUGACGGUGGGAGCGCAUGAGACCUCUGUGAACCCGGCCUUUAGAUCAUCAAGUAUGUCCUUAACAGCUUCCACCUCCUGGACCCACUCAGUUGUGGACUACAGCAGCCUUCUUGUGAGAGGAAAUGAAAUAGGGAAAUAUCUUAACAAGUUCGGGUCAGGACAAUACGUUAAUAACGCUGGAGAUGACGUCAUGAACUGGCAACAUGAAUUCUGGGGCAGCAACUACAUGCGUCUUCUGGCAAUUAAGGACAAAUGGGAUCCUGAUGAUUUUUUCACCUGUAAAGAAUGUGUGGGAUUUGAGAACAAUCGUCGAUCACCAUAUUCCACGGAUGGAAAGUUUCAUGCCCCCCUUGGUCCUAUUUUUGGAAAGUGAUCGAUUUAUAGUAUCUCAGUGCAUGUGAUGUAGGAAUGUCAUAAGAUAUUGUAUAUACUGCUGAUAAAUAAAUAUGGACUCAC